UUCCUAUAUUUCUACGUAUAGUAUAGAGUCGAAACAUUCUUUGAAUGUGUUUGAGUAUUCCCUCACUACUGUUCGGCGAAAACGUGGUCAUUUGUAACGUUACAGAUUUAUUUAUAUUAUACAAUAAUGGGGAAAGGACGGCAACAUAAACCGAAAAAAAGUUUUGCUGAGAAACGUCGUGAGAAACAGAAGAAGAAGGAUGAGUGGAACAAUGUAUUACACCAAAGCUAUGCAGACAUUGUCCGAGAAAACAAGGAUUUUGAGAACUACUAUAAAACUCAGAAAAUUGUUCCUGAAGAUCAAUGGGAUUCCUUUAUAGACACUAUGAAAAAGAACCUUCCAGUAGCAUUUAGGAUUACAGGAUCAAAAGGAGAAACUAGAUUAUUACUUGAAACUAUUAAAAGUAGUUUCUUUAAGGAGAUCUUGAAUACACAAGCAAAGGAAAGUUCAGAAAAUAAUGAAGAGGCAAAAGAGAUAUUGAAAUGUAUACCCUUUUACCCUGAUGAACUAGCUUGGCAAUUACAGUUGACUAGAAAAGAUAUCAGAAGAUCUGAAGCAUAUUUUAAAUUACAUAAUUUUCUAAUUGUUGAAACUGAUUGUGGAGGUAUCAGUAGGCAAGAGGUGGUCAGUAUGGUACCACCUCUAGUAUUAGAUGUUAAACCUUCCCAUAAGGUUUUAGAUAUGUGUGCAGCACCAGGAUCAAAAACAGCUCAACUAAUAGAGAUGAUACAUUCCGAAGAAGGAGGUGGACUUCCAGGUGGUUUUGUAAUAGCCAAUGACCUUGACAAUAAUCGUUGUUAUAUGCUUGUACAUCAGGCAAAGAGAUUAAAUAGUCCUAUUGUUUUGAUCACAAACUAUGAUGCCUCUGUACUGCCUAAGUUUACUGUUGGCAAACCAGAUGGUACCAAAGAAAUGUUGCAAUUUGAUAGAAUACUUGCAGAUGUACCAUGUAGUGGUGAUGGUACCAUGAGAAAAAAUCCUGAUAUCUGGUGUAAGUGGAGUCCAGCAAAUGGUAAUCAUCUUCAUGGAAUUCAGUAUAGGAUAGCAAAGAGAGGAUUGGAAUUACUAGCAGUUGGAGGAAGGAUGGUGUAUUCUACCUGUUCACUAAAUCCAAUUGAAAAUGAAGCAGUGCUUCACAGACUGCUUCUUGAAACUCAGGAUUCUGUAAGACUAGUUGAUUGCAGGGAUUUAGUGCCUGGAUUAGAAUGCAAUCCAGGUGUAACACAUUGGAUGCCAGCAUCGAAAAAUUUACAAUAUUACGAAACUUGGGAAGAUGUGCCCGAACAGUUGCAAACACAAAUUCGGCCGCAAAUGUUUCCUCCUAAAGCGGAGGAUGCUGCCAAAUUUCAUUUAGAACGAUGUAUGAGAAUAUUACCUCAUCAUCAAGACACCGGCGGAUUCUUUGUGGCUGUCUUGGAAAAGGUAACGAGGUUACCAUGGGAACGUGAAUCUUGCACGAAUAAUGUGACUGCAACUAAAGAAGACAGUAAUAAAUUAAGUUCAGAGGUAGAAGUAAAAAAAGACACUGGAGAUAAUUCGAAAGAAGGUAAUAAUGAAUUGAGUUUAGAGGAAGAAGUGAUACAAGACUUACAAGAGGGUAAAAGGCCAUUGGAAGAUGAAAACAAAUUACGGGAACCUAGAAGAAAACGUAAAAAAUUUACGGGAUAUAAAGAAGAUCCGUUUGUGUUCUUUCAGGAUGAUAAGGAAGAUGUAUGGUUGUCUAUUAAGAAAUUCUAUGACAUAUCCGAUGAGUUGGAUCCCAGGUGUCUACUGGUGCGAUGUCUUAGCAUGAAAAAGAAAAAUAUUUAUUAUACGUCACCGGAGAUUCGUAGCAUUGUUAUCGCUAACGAAGAUCAUAUUAAAUUGAUAAAUACUGGAGUAAAAACAUUUGUACGUUGUGAGAAUAAAAAUAUGAAUUGUCCGUUUAGACUAGCACAGGAAGGAAUACAAUGUAUUAUUAAGUAUAUGGGGGAUUCUAGGAAAAUCAGGGUAACUAAAGAUGAUCUGAUAAUGAUUUUAAAAAAUUUUGAUCCAAUGACACCACCUGAAAUAACCAAGCUUGAUGCUGGAACUCAAGAACGCUUAAACAAUUUUGCGAUGGGAAGUUGUAUACUUAUAUAUGAAGAACAUGAAACCGACCAUCCAAAUCCAUUGAAAUUGCAAAUAGUUGGAUGGCGAGGAACUAUGUCUCUAAGAGCCUAUGUUCCCAAAAAUGACGCGAUUCAUUACUUACGACUACUAGGAGCUGAUUGCUCUCAGUUUGAGAAAAAUAAGUUUAAGGAAAAUCGUGAAUCUAUGCCUACCGAAGAAUUGAAUAGCACGGAAAUCGCUAACAAUGUUGCUGAAGAAAAUGGUGACAUUGAGAUGGAGAAUGAAUUAGAACUUUGAG